AUGGCGCGGAAGUCGGAUCUGCCUUUGCUUCUGCUGCCGCUCGUGCUGGGUGUCCCCCUAGCGCAAGGCUCCAGUCCCCUACCCCUGGUCCUGAACACUUGGCCUUUUAAGAAUGCUACGAACGCAGCAUGGCAGACAAUAGCAUCUGGAGGGUCUGUCGUGGAUGCAGUUGAGAAUGGCUGUACUGUUUGUGAAGCAGAGCAGUGUGAUGGCACUGUAGGCUUUGGAGGAAGUCCUGAUGAACUUGGGGAGACCACCCUGGAUGCCAUGAUCAUGGAUGGCACCGCCAUGGAUGUGGGAGCAGUAGGUGGCCUCAGAAGAAUUAAAAAUGCUAUUGGAGUGGCACGGAGAGUCCUGGAGCACACAACACACACGCUAUUAGUAGGGGAGUCAGCCACCAAGUUUGCUGAAAGUAUGGGAUUUACCAAUGAGGAUUUGUCUACCAGGGCCUCGAAAACUCUUCAUUCAGAAUGGCUUGCUCAGAAUUGCCAGCCAAAUUAUUGGAGAAAAGUUACACCAGAUCCUUCAAAAUACUGUGGACCCUACAAACCAUCUGGUGUCUUGGAGCAGGGUAUUCCUGCCUAUAAAGAAGUGGAUAUCCAUGGUCAUGAUACUAUUGGCAUGGUUGUAAUCGAUAAGAUGGGACACACCGCCGCAGGCACAUCCACAAAUGGUUUAAAAUUUAAAAUACCUGGUCGUGUAGGAGAUUCACCAAUACCUGGAGCUGGGGCCUAUGCUGAUGACCUGGCUGGGGCAGCUGCAGCCACAGGGGAUGGUGAUGUACUCCUGCGCUUUCUGCCAAGCUACCAAGCUGUGGAAUAUAUGAGAAGAGGAGAGGACCCAGCCACAGCUUGCCAAAAAGUUAUUUCAAGAAUUCAUGAGUAUUUUCCAGAAUUCUUUGGGGCUGUUAUAUGUGCUAAUGUCACAGGAAGUUAUGGUGCUGCUUGCAACAAACUUCCAACGUUUACUCAAUUUAGUUUCAUGGUUUAUAAUUCUCUACGAAAUCAGCCAACUGAAGAAAAAGUAGACUGCAUCUAAUCUACCUUGUCUAUUAGCAUGUGUAUUUAAAGAGGAGAGAUACUAAGGCUGGGAAAGUUGCUCACUGACAUCAUGUAGUGGUCUUCAUAUAUUUCAAGUUCAUGUGUAAGUUAAUGCAAAAAUAAAUUAUGAUGCAGUGACA